AUGAGUUACUCAACCUCUGUCGGCGACGUCCCCGCCAAGGCCGCGGAGGCCGUGUUGGCCGCCUCCCGCUCCGCCAUUGCGGAGCGCGGCACGUUCUCCGUCGCCAUUUCCGGCGGCUCGCUGCCCAAGCUGCUUGCGGCUGGCCUCACGCACGCGCAACUCCCGCUGGACAAGUGGAAUGUCUUCCUCGCCGACGAGCGCAUCGUCCCGCUGACCGACGAUGACUCCAACUUCCGCCUCGUCAAGCAGUACUUCCCAGACAUGCACGUCGUCCCGAUCGACCCGACCCUCUCCCCGCCCGAGUGUGCGCGCGAUUACCAGAGGAAGAUCGUCGACAAGCUCGGCGAGGCCCCCGUGUUCGACGCCGUGCUGCUCGGCCUCGGCCCUGACGGCCAUACGUGCUCGCUGUUCCCGGGCCACGAACUGCUGGACGAGACCGACAACAUUGUCGCCCCGAUCAGCAAUUCGCCAAAGCCGCCGCCAAAACGCGUGACACUGACGCUGCCGGUGCUGGGCGCCGCGCGGGCGGCGAUGUUCAUCUGCACGGGAGCCGGCAAGGCCGGCGUGGUGAAGGACAUCCUGCAGAACACGGACUCGAAGCUCCCUGGCGCGCUCGUGCGCACCGCGGGGCCCGUCCAGUGGUUCCUGGACGAGGGCGCCGCGGGCGAGCUGUAG